AUGAAUAACUUGUUGCCAAAAACUGAUGCGCCCAAGGUGGGCGUUAACGACGCCAUUGCUGCGUUGCCCGCCUACAAGUCCCUCGGCUCCUUCAUCAAGACCGACGGCACCACCGACAAGAAGGCACUCGAAAACACCGUUGACGAGUUCAAGGAUCUGGCAAAGAAGUCCGAAUCUCAGAUCGAGGAUUUCCUCUGGGACACAUACAACGCAAUCUUCGCCGUUGCCAAGCAGACCGCUCCAGAGAAGCAGGCCCCGCUCGUCGAUUUCCUGCAACGUCUGCGCGAGACCACCGUCACGGCGUCAGAUGGCCAGCCCCUGAAAUUCAACAAUCAAGUUGUCUGGAAAGAUCUUCCCACCUUUGGGUGGGUUGCCCGUGAUCUGUGGAACUUUGACACCUCGGACACCUCUGCAUCGGCCGAGGAAAAGGCAAGCUGGACAAACCUCUCUGCCUUCGCCGCCCAGCUCACCGCCCGCGCCGACCUCACCAACCCCCAGGACCCCUUUGACUUCUCUCUCUACGGUCUCUGGGCCCUGCGUGCCGCUUUCGAGGAAGAGGAUGCUGGGAGUGAAGGCGGCAAAGACGUCAUUGCCACCAGGAUUGCCUACCAGUGGACCAAUCACGCCGUAGGUGCGCUACAUGACCUCAGCAUGAAGAAGCGCAACUUUGAGGGCAAGUCGGGCAAGCCGGGGAGCAAGUAUGCAGACCGCGAGUGGAAGGGACUGAAUGAGGAGAGGUAUGGUCUCUGGGCGGACAGCAUCACGUCGAUAUCGCAGACGGCUUCAGAUGAUGAGGCUCGCGCCCUCGCGAAGGAGGCGGCGGCGAAGAUGACGAGCAAAUAG